AUGUCAGACAUUCCUCAGAUUAAUAUUAUUUCAAAUGACUGUGUCAGUAUAAAUCAAAUGAAAAGAGAAAAAUUUAGAAUGGAUAUUAGAAAAAAUAAAUUAGAAAGUCUUUUCAGAUAAAAUAGAGGAAUUCAAAGAUUAGGUGACUCUAACCUACCUUCAACUUAAAACUUACUUGAUUCUUUAUAAGAAUUUCUUAAAUCGGAUUCCAAUAAAACCUUAAAUGAACUUUGUAAUCUGAUCGAUUCUAAAGAUUUAUUUGAAUCAUAUUAUGAAGUCUCUUAAUACAUUAUUGAUAUUAAAUACUAUCUCAUUUAACCAUUAAAUCAUCAAUCCCAUUUCAAUAAGAUGCUCUAAUUAUUGAAAAAUUGUAUUAUUGUUAAUCCAAAAGUUGUUAAAACAAUACUAUCAGAUGAAAAAGAAAAACUUGAUCUUGCCUUGUUUUUCUAAUUAAUGAAAAUUUUAUAAUCUACAGAAUGGAAAUCAUUACAUGUUGAUGCAUUAAAUAUAUUGAAUUUAUUAAUAGAACAAGAGAGUUAACUUUUAGAUAUACUACAAUAAGAAAAGUUAUUAUUAUAAUAAAUAAUUUAUUAAGCAUUUGAUUUAGCUAUUGAUGACUAUUUAAUGGCUCUUACUGAAUUUUUAUCUUUGUAUUUACAAGCAAAAAGAAAUUUAAAAUUUGAUGAUUAAUAUAAUAUUACAAUGGAAAUCCUUAAUAGAGCUAUUUAAAUUAAAGAUUUAUAAAUUAUUUAUGGUUCAGUCCUUUUAGCUAAUUGUUUAAGUGAAUAAGAAUUCACUUUUUUUUAGUAAAUAUACUCAAUUGCUGAUAUUAUUGUAGAGUAUCUUGAAUAAGAUCUCUCUUAAUUUGAAUAUAUUGUCAUUUUUAAAGUAAAUUAUUAAUUAUAUAUAUUUAAUAGACUCUUAAAAUUUGUAUUAAAAAGAUGUCUGAAUUGUUAUUUCCAUUAAUUGGAAAAAAUAAUAUUAUGGAAAUAAUGUAUAAUUUAUCUUGCAAAUUAGAAAAAUAAGCAGGAAAAGACUUAUUAAAACUAAUAUCAUGCUUUUACAAAACUUAUACUAAUUUAUGUUGUGUUAUUGAAGAUCAAAUUUUGAAUAAGUAUGUAUAAAGAUGUCUUUUGGAAUUUCUUGAAAAAUUUGUAGAUUAUUAUGCUUAGUCUAACUUUGCCUCUUAUUAUAAAAUAAAAGUUUUAGAGAAACUUAUUAAUUGUUAAAAGCACAUCUAAUUUAGACUCUAAGAACAAUAAUAAUUCAAUCCUGAACCAUAUAUAGUAUAAUAUAUAUUUUUAUUAUUAGAAAUUUUUUGGAGUAGUUGAACAAGCUUUAGAUUAAGCAAAUCUUAAGGUGGAAUAAAUUUUAUAUUAUAUUGAAGCUUUAUCAAAUAUUAUAUAAAUAGAAGAUAUGCGUUAUUAAACAGAUAUUCUGAAAUUAAUUCCAAAUUAAUUAUAUGAAUAAUUAAAUAAUCUUAGUGUGCAUGAAAAUGAAAGAGUGGCUUAAGAAACAACUAAUUUGAUUGUAUUAUUGCAAUUUUGUUGA